AUGAAGGUCACGAUCAGAAAAUGGAAUGCGGUCGCGACUUGGAGAUGGGAUAUCCCAGAAGACGACGUCUGCGGUAUUUGCCAAGUCCACUUCGACGGCACUUGUCCAACCUGCAAAUAUCCCGGAGAUGAUUGUAGCUUAUUGUCUGGGAAAUGCGGCCACAACUUCCACAUGCACUGCAUUGUCGAAUGGAUCAAGCAGGACUCCUCGAAGGGCCAGUGUCCAAUGUGCAGACAAAAAUUCGAAUGGACUGAAACCAUCGCAACCGACGAGCAAGAGGAGGAAACAAACACUGCCACAGCAUAA